AUGCCUGACGAACCUAGUUUAGGAUAUUUCGUGUUGAACGACCAAACCAAACAAAAUGCAGACAAUGUUUGCGUGCUCGUUGCUCACUACAACUUUGAAAAUACCAAGAACGAAGCCUGGAUUCGUGGAGGUGAUGCUCAGGACGUAGAGAAUCUGGAAAAAACCUUCAAAGUGAACCGGAACUGCAAAUUCAGCAGUAUUUUGUCACCUGGAAAAGGGGAGUUGCUCCAACUUCUCUCCAAUCAAGAAAAACUGCUACGAUUAUUUGGCACUUCAGAAGAUGUUCCAUCAGUUUUUGUGCUGUACAUUCUUUCUCACGGCCACAGAGAUGGAAUAAUCUUCACAGACUACUUCAAGGACGAUGCUCCCGCGAGCGCAGAAGAGCGUGCCAGAAGUACGGACCCGAUAGAGUUGUUUGUUUCCUUCACAACAACCGAGAUAUUCGAGUCUCUGAAAAAGCUGACUAAUUUCGAGGAAUGUCUCAAAUUUAUCAACUUUGGUCCAUGCAGAGGGGAACUGAUAGACGCAGUUCAUAACAGAAACCAGAAAAAUACCACGUACGAGAACGAAAACUCUUGUCGAAUCACCUACAGCCCUCUGAUGAGGAACACGGUAGUGUUCUUCUCAACGGUUGAAACGACCAUGGCCAAUCGGGACCAGACAGGAACAACUUUUGCCCGCCAUACUUGCACGGUCUUAGACUCGCUUGAGAAGGACGAGAGUUUUAUAAAUGUCCUGACAGCUAUUCAAUACGAGAGUCAAAAAAAUUACACUGAACAAACUCCAGAAGUAAAGAUGUUUACUCAGAGCAGAAGUUUCGUCUUCUCAAAAAGUCCUUCAGCUUCCUCGAUGUCUGACGCACAUGAAAAUGAAAAGAGAGGCGAUUAUUAUUGUUGGGAAAAAUUGCGACGCCGCCUUGCGUUCCUAUUUUCCGCAGAGCCAAUUGAUAAGUCGGAAGAAAUUAAAAGCGCACUGUCCCAAAAUCUAUAUUUUGAGACCAGCGAAUUGAAGCUGAUUGAAAACCUGAGAGAGUCAAUCAACAAAGUCUCUGGGAAUGACUCCGACUUUGGCUGCAUUUUCCUAUUUAUGUUUGGCCGACUGAGCGAAAACCAGGACAUGGAGGUUUGCGUGCAGAUGAACAACAAAAAAACUGCAGUUUCCGAAGUACUGCGCGAGCUAAUCGGACCGAAAAAUUACCAAUGGAUUGGAAAACCAAAAAUAUUAUUCCUUGUGAAUCAGGAAUCGGGAUCGUUUGACGCCAAAGGAACAAACCACGAAAUGGAAAUUUCAGCAACAAACCACAGUGGAUGGUUAGUCCACGUUUUGCACAACAAAGACGAACUUCAAAAGCUGAUCGAUAUCUUCAAGGGACAGGAGCUGAAAAAGGAGAAAACGCUGCAAGAACUUCUCGCAAGUCUGUUAAUUUCUGGAUCAAAAGAAAAUAGGGAUUUGCUUAACUCGACGCUUCAGUAUCUUCUGAAGUUUCCCGAUCCUUUUGUCAAACCCUCCUUUUCAGUUACCAAGUCUAACGAAUAUCGACAAGAGCGUGUCAGCUUCGACAGCUUGGUCAAGGAAUCAGCAGGAAAAAUCCAAGUCUGGCUCUUGAGUUCAUUCGCAGGAACAGGAAAGACGACUAUCCUCAGGGAAAUCGCUUUUCAGCUCGGAAUACUAAGUCCAGAAUUCAAAAUUUUACGCUUUUCCCUCCCCAAGGUUCAGUUCAGAGGCCAAAAGAAGAAGAACGUUGUUGACGAGAUUGAAUUUCUCACGGAAGCCACCGAAAAUUCACGAGAGGAAAUUAUCAAGAGCUUAGAAAACAAGCAAUGUGUUGUGCUACUUGAUGGGUUUGAUGAAAUCCCUCCUGAAAGCCAAGAAACAACACUGAAAGUAAUCAAAGCUCUAGAAGAGAAGCUGUUAUCAGUUUGGAUCGGAACAAGACCGCACGCAGCAGAAGCAGUCCUAAAGUGUUCAUCAAGUGCUGUUUUGGUACAGAUUGAACCCUUGGAUAAAGAGCAGCAAAUCGAGUUGAUUCAGCUGAAGACGGGAAAGAGACGAGAUGUAUGUGAAGGAUUCAUCAAAGAUUUUCCAGCAGAGGACAUCUUGGAAAAUCCUUUGGACCUUUCUUUCGUUGCUCAGAGCAAUGUCGAAGGAAACUUGUACCAGAUAUACGAAAAAGUUGUGGAACACAAAUUGGAACUCUCUCUGCUCAGGAAUGGAUAUGACAAGAACAACAAAAAAACGUUUCAAGAGGAAUUGGACACUGCUUUGGAACGUCUUCAAGAGAUAGCAAGUUGCCAUAUCAAAGGAGAAGAAAUAGAUGGUGAGUUAAGGGAACGGCUUGAAGAAAUGAAUUGCCAUGGCUUUGCCACGUUUGAAAACAACGAGGUUCUAUUCAUUCGUCAGAAUUUUGCUGAAUUUCUUGCAGCCCAGUACUUUCUACAGGAAAUCAAGGAUAGUGGCGAAUGCAUUGAAGAAGCUGCAAAUGCAUUUUUUGGGCAAUCCUUUCCGAGGUGCAAAAGGUUUCUACUCCACAAGUUAGAAUGAGAGGGAAAAACUCGGAUUGCACAAUACAUCUAUUCUUCCCUUCAUGGCGUUGGGUCCCGAUUAUGUAUUGGGAUUGAUUGCUUCCGAUUCAGCAUUAUGUCGCAAAAAUUAUGUUCAUCUCCGUUAAAUGAUUUGAUAUCAUUGAAGCGUAAUUGAAGCAUAUUUUCUGGUGUAACAUCUUAUGUGAAUAAGAAAUUCCUUAUCACCUUCUUGAAAAAUUAUAUAGAUAAGAUUUUUCACUGUGAAACUCUUUAUUUAGAGUAAGAUUUUUCAUUUGCAUGUGUUUCAGUUGUGUUUUGAUAAAAUUAAUGCUACUAUAAUUAUGCUAUAUGGUUAUUAAGAAUUUAAAAUUGAAUUACACUAACAUUUUGCAUGAAUAGAAGAUACCUUCAUUACAAAAAUAAACGGCUUACGUACAAGUAUGUGUUUGUCAGAUUAAUGUUUUAGAAUUUCCUCUGUAUGCCCGAAAAUUUCAAAGUAAUUGUUCAUUGCGUAGAAAUUAAAAGUGUCAUAUAUAUAUGCAUGAUAUUUGUAAUAUUGUUUUUAGAAAUUAACGAUAUAUUAACCCAUUUUUACUGUUUUGCGGUCAGUAACAUAUAAUAAAUAA